AUGAUGAGUUGCCAAGCAUGGCCAGAACCCGUGGUUCGAGUCCAAGCCUUAGCUGAAAGUGGCCUAAGCUCAAUCCCUGCAUGCUACAUAAGGCCCCACUCCCAAAGAGCCACAAACACAACCACCACUUUUGCUCCUCACCAAGCUUCUCAAACUGAUCAUAAUCACGUUAACAACAACAUCCCUGUCAUUGACCUUCAGCACCUCUCCGGUGAGGACCAAGUCCUCCGAGAGGAGGCCCUCCGGCGCGUCUCCGAGGCGUGCCGGGAGUGGGGUUUUUUCCAGGUGCUGAACCAUGGGGUGAGCCAUGAGUUAAUGAAGAGUGUUAGGGAAUUGUGGCGUGAGUUUUUUAACCAGCCACUUGAGGUGAAGGAGGAGUAUGCUAAUUCCCCUACAACUUAUGAGGGUUAUGGUAGUCGCUUGGGAGUGAAAAAAGGUGCCACUUUGGAUUGGAGUGACUACUUUUUUCUCCAUUACAUGCCUCCUUCACUUAGGAACCAAGCUAAGUGGCCUGCACUUCCAUCAUCCUUGAGGAAAGUGAUCGCUGAAUAUGGUGAGGAAGUGGUUAAGCUAGGAGGAAGGAUACUCAAAUUGAUGUCAAUAAAUCUUGGCCUGAAAGAGGAUUUUCUUCUUAAUGCAUUUGGGGGAGAAAAUGAACUUGGUGCGUGCCUAAGGGUGAAUUUCUAUCCAAAGUGCCCACAACCUGACCUCACUUUUGGUCUCUCCCCUCACUCAGACCCUGGUGGUAUGACAAUUCUUCUCCCUGAUGAUUUUGUGUCUGGUCUUCAAGUACGCAGAGGAAAUGACUGGAUCACUGUUAAGCCUGUCCCUAAUGCUUUUAUCAUCAACAUUGGUGACCAAAUUCAGGUGCUGAGCAAUGCAAUAUACAAAAGCGUAGAACACAGGGUGAUUGUGAACUCAAACAAAGAUCGUGUUUCCUUGGCCCUCUUCUAUAACCCGAAGAGUGAUUUACUUAUUGAACCUGCUAAGGAGCUUGUGACAGAGGAAAAGCCAGCCCUAUACUCACCAAUGACAUAUGAUGAAUACAGACUUUACAUUAGGAUAAAAGGACCUUGUGGAAAGGCUCAAGUUGAAUCGUUGACUUCCCAAACAUGA